GUUUACCGAUGGUACAAAGUUCAAUGUUGUGUUGAUUGAUACAACCGUAAAUUAAUAGUCAGUUGCACUUCUAGUUGAAACUAAUUAAUUCUUUUUUUCGCCGAUUUCGUGAUUCUCCUUUUUUUUUUUGACUAAAGUGAGAAUGUCGAAGCAUAGUUUUCCCGUAUUAAAAAACGAUUGUUUACUACGUGCUGCUAGGGGUUUGCGAACCGAGAGAGUGCCGGUAUGGAUCAUGCGUCAAGCUGGGCGGUAUCUGCCAGAAUUUCGAAAAGUACGCGAAGAACAUUCAUUUUUUGAAAUAUGCCGGACACCUGCUUUAGCAUGUGAAAUUACUUUGCAACCAAUUCGACGUUAUGCUCUUGAUGCUGCAAUUAUAUUUUCCGAUAUAUUAGUAAUUCCUCAGGCAUUGGGUAUGCAAGUGGAGAUGAAACCUAGUAUUGGCCCUCAUUUUCCUGAACCACUUUCUGAGCCUAAAGAUGUGGAGAAGCUAAAGAAGGGAUGCAUUGAUGAAGAAUUAAGCUAUGUUUAUGAAGCAAUCACAUUAACAAGACAUGAGUUAGAUGGUCUUGUGCCACUAAUUGGAUUCACAGGUGCACCAUGGACUUUGAUGUGUUACAUGAUCGAAGGGGGAUCAUCUAAGACUUUGAGCAAAGCAAAAUCCUGGCUUUAUAAAUGGCCAGAAGAGAGUCAUAAUUUGUUGCAUUUGCUGAAAGAUGCAGUUAUUUCGCAUUUAGUUAACCAAAUCAAAGCCGGGGCCCAGCUAGUGCAAAUAUUUGAAUCAAAUGCUGAAUAUCUUACUCCAGAUUUGCUAAAGAAGUUUUCAUUACCUUAUUUAAAAGAAAUUCAACGAAGCGUUUCUUCCACUAUUACUAAUCUUGGGCUUGAAAUGGUGCCUAUGAUUUUGUAUGCCAAAGGUUCUGCAAUGGUAUUGGAUUUCAUAGCAGAUAUGGGCUAUGAUGUUCUUGGUGUAGACUGGACUGUUGCUCCUUCUGUUGCCAGGAGUAAAUUUUCUGAAGGCAUUUGUCUACAGGGUAAUUUAGAUCCACCUGCUCUGAAAGCAGACCAUGAAACAAUAAAACGGUUGGUGAUAGACAUGUUGCAAGGUUUUGGCACUCAAAGCUAUAUUGCUAAUUUAGGUCAUGGUAUCUAUCCAGAUAUACCCCCUGAUAAUGUAGCCUUUUUUGUAAAUACUAUACAUGAAGAAUCGGAAAAAAUGAUUAAAGCUUUGUGAUUUCCCUAAAUUUAAAAAAGAAAAGAAAUGAUACAAGAUCAAAGUGAACUUGAGGCAUUGCUACAUUUUGGUAACAAUUUUAACAUCAAUCGGCAAAAUGUUAUUCUCUUUUGAAAGACUUUCGUAAUAUCAUAGAUCACAUUAAAACUUUUUAAUAUCGACUUCAAAUAACUAGUUAUCGAGUCCCAACUUCAUUUGGUUUCGUACAACAUCCAGGGUUAUAGAAAUGAA